AAACUCAUUGUUUUAUUUUUUCUACUGACAAAUGAGAUUGUCAUUUAAUACUGGUUGAUUGUUACUUUCUUUCUUUUUGUGUAUGGAUUUGCAGUCUAUUUAACAACCUCAUGAUCAUCAGUACAAAACACAAUCACUGAACAAAAAAAAGGAUAUUCACAUCAACAAACAAAGCAGAAUUCGUGAUUUUUGUAGGGAGAUUCUCACUUUUGCUUAAUUAUUUUGAUCAUGGAUCAUUUACCUUUGGAUCUUAUCGACAACAUUCUCUUUAGAUUGGAUCCUAUAUCUGUGAUUGUGAUGCAAUGCACCAAUAAAUUUCUUCGGACAUAUAUAUCUGAUCCAAAAUUUGAUUCGUACCGCUUUUCUCUGGUUGGAUCUAGUUUGUUUUACAUUUCUAGACAUGCCCCCUUUUACGUCAUCUGCCAAAAGAAUAUUAUCAGUUCGUAUCCAUGUUACAUCCUCGGCUCAUGCUCCGGCCUUCUUCUAUUGGACAUUGGUGGUUGCUUCUUCGUCGCAAAUCCCUUCACAAAUAGGUCUCGACCUUUGGAUCACUCUGGGUCAAACAUUCUCUAUGACAUAGUUACUUGUGUCAAUAAGGCAAUGUGCGUCGGUUUCGCGGUAGAUCGGAUUCAAAAUCAGACCAAAAAGAGAUUCAAGAUCGUUUGCAUAGUGGAGAUGCAGAUGAUGUACGGAUUCGAGAUCAGCAAUGGACAUUCCUGGAGACUAUCCGAAACGACCAUCACCUCUAGUUCAAAAAGUGAUCUCGCUAAGAGAACGAAACCUGUUUACUUGGAAGGCACUCUUCACUGGCUGAGAAACGAUGGGAGCAUCAUAGCUUUCAACCCCGAGACAGAGCAAGCGUGCUUUAUUCCUUCUGUGUUCCAUCAAGAACCGGAGACGGAACUGUUUUUCGCGUCUGACGACAAGAUCAAUCGUCUGGCUUUGGUAUCGGGAACAAAAGAAGAAAUCUCGGUUUACACACUAGCCGAGAACGCAAAGUGGGCCCUCGCAAGGCAGAUCAAGAACGUGUUUAUGGAGCAAUGUGAGCUUGAGUUCUGGAGCCUGGUUAUGUACGACGGCAAGCGACUUGUGGUGAGGGAGAAGAAGAGGAAUCUUGAAGGUGUGUUUCAUGUGUACGACAUGGAAGCUAACAAUUGGGGAGUUUUGGGAUCGACCUUUUGGUCGAGCAAAGGUGUCACAGACUUCUAUAAGCUUACACCCUCCUUGUCCUUUGUCGAGGAAGAUGAAGUGAAGGAUAAUAUUCCUUGUUAUGACCCACAAGCCUCUUAUUUAACUGCGGUUAUGAGAUCCACUGACAGUCCUCUGGCAUUUGGAGGUCAAUUACAAAAUCUAAAAUUAGAGCCCUAAAUAAGCUAUCAUUUCUAACAAAUAAAAUUUUCAGUACUUUUUUUCUCGCAAAAUCAUCGAUCAAAUUUUUAUAAUCAAAAUUUUUGAUCAUGCUUUCUUAAUCGUUAACGUGGCCAAACACACAAAUUCAUCGUAAGUAAGACUAUGAUUCUAGUUUUUUUUUUUUGUAAAAGGGCUUAUUCUAGUUAUUUUUGCAUAUUUGAAAUGAUAAUAAAAACAAAUUUUGACAGAGAUGCAUGAUGUAUAAAAGUGUAAAGAAGAUUCAUGGAUGAUUUGAAGUAUCGAUCUAUGUGUGUCUUAGUUAAAACAUUGUCAGUUUAUUAUUCGUUUU